GGUGAGUGACGGAUUUACCCUCGGAGGGGUAAAAAAGAUGACCGUGGUGUCCCAGGAGAACCACGACGAGACUGUGGUCGUAACUCCUCUGUUGCAAGAUGCUGCUGAGCUGGAACCGGCGGACCAGGAGUGCAGCGAGAGGGUCAUCAUCAACAUCUCGGGUCUGCGCUUUGAGACGCAGUUAAAGACCCUCUCCCGCUUCCCGGCCACGCUCCUGGGGGAUCCGCGCAAAAGGAUGCGUUUCUUCGACCCGCUGAGAAACGAGUACUUCUUUGACAGGAACAGGCCGAGCUUUGACGCCAUCCUCUACUACUACCAAUCAGGGGGGCGCCUUCGGAGGCCCGUAAGUGUUCCCGUGGAUAUUUUCCUGGAAGAAUUGCGGUUUUAUGAACUUGAGGAGGAGGUCAUAGAGCUUUUCCGUGACGACGAGGGCUUGGCGAGGGAAGAGGAGCGGCCGCUGCCCGAUAACGAGUUCCAGCGCCAGUUCUGGCUCCUGUUUGAGUAUCCAGAGAGCUCGGGGCCGGCACGGAUGAUCGCCAUCGUGUCCGUGAUGGUCAUCUUAAUAUCCAUUAUUAUAUUCUGCUUGGAGACUUUACCUGAGUUCAGAGAAGUCCCCGCGGUGCCCGACAAUGACGUCAAUGGAAGUGCAAACGGCACCGAACCCAAUCCGUUCACAGAUCCCUUUUUCAUGGUGGAGACACUUUGCAUCGUGUGGUUCUCCUUUGAGUUCACCAUGAGAUUCCUCUCCUGUCCCAGCAAAGCGGCAUUCUUUAAAAACAUCAUGAACCUGAUCGAUGUCGUGGCCAUAGCUCCGUAUUUCAUCACCCUGGGCCUCGAUCUAGCGGAGCAUGAGGGCAGCAGUCAGCAGGCUGCGUCCCUGGCCAUCCUGAGGGUCAUCCGUCUGGUCCGAGUUUUCAGGAUUUUCAAACUUUCCAGACACUCCAAAGGUCUCCAGAUUCUCGGCCAAACGCUCCACGCCAGCCUCCGGGAGCUGGGGCUGCUCAUAUUCUUCCUGAUCAUCGGGGUCGUUUUAUUCUCCAGCUCUGUCUAUUUUGCAGAGGCAGAAGACCCCGAGUCUGGAUUCUCAAGCAUACCUGAUGCGUUUUGGUGGGCUGUGGUGACGAUGACCACUGUUGGAUACGGAGACAUGUGUCCCUCCACCAUCGGGGGGAAAUUCGUGGGGUCUCUGUGUGCCAUCGCCGGCGUGCUAACCAUAGCUUUACCCGUCCCUGUCAUUGUGUCAAACUUCAAUUACUUUUACCACAGAGAGAACGAGGAGGAGGAGAAUGUGCAGUACGUGCACGUGACAUGCGGGCAGCCGCAGCCGCCCUCGUUAUGUGAAAGUGACUCGCACAAAAGCAGCCAGUCGCUCUCCAAAACUGAGUCCUAUCAGGAGAGCGACGACCUGGAAACUUUGACAUUUCCACACGUGGAGAUAUACACGGGGAAACUGACUGACGUAUAAAACGCACCUUUGGAUGACACUUUUAAUUCUGGAGGCAGACGAUUAAGUGAAGCUUGACACAACUGCGGGAUUCUCCUCUUCUCCGAAAUAUCGGAUUAUACUCCAUGGAUAUUCUUGAAAUGCCAGUGCUUGGGAAAAAAAAAAUCUGCCUUGUUGGACAUUGUGUGACCCAUCAGUAGAGAAAAAACAUCAACAUUCUUUUGCGCUGGCUUUAUAAAUGACCACGCCUUGUGUAUACCGCGUUUUUGUAAACCGGAUUUUGUUCUUUUCUUGUGCAGCUUUUUACGCAAUUUACGUCUGUGUUGUCACAAACAUUCAGGUUGCAUUGCAGCUCGCUGUAAACAACAACAACAUACGAUGCAAUGUCUGCAUGACAUGAAUUCAUUGUGAAUUUUGAAUGUGAUGAAAUAUUUAUUUUUCUAAUUUAAAAAUGUAUGUGAACUUAACUUAAUCCUUUUGAUAAAUAAAUGAUGAAUC